UGAAUGAUAUAUAGAUGUCAAUGAAUUUCAGACUGUGGAACACGCCAAGGAUGAUGUAAAAAAAGCACUAACUGCCCUCAAUUCUCACUUACUUACGCGUACUUACUUGGUCGGAGAACGCCUGACUUUGGCUGAUAUUAGCGUUGCCAUGACAUUGCUUCAUUUGUAUCAGUACAUACUUGAGCCCAAUCUACGCAAACCAUACCAGAAUGUAAAUCGAUGGUUCCAAACUGUAAUUUACCAACCUGAAUCUAUGGCUGUAAUCGGUGCUUUCAAAUUGGCCGAAAAGACGCUUGAAUAUGAUCCAAAGAAGUUUGUAGAAACUCAAAGAAAGACCUCUAAGAAGGAGAAGAAAGAGAAGGAAUCCAAAAAAGAAUCAAAAGAAUCAAAAGAAUCAAAAGAAGCAAAGGAAGCAAAGGAAUCUAAGAAAGAAGCGACGGAAGAAUUAGAUCCAGCAGAUGCUGCUUUGGCCGCUGAACCUAAAAAUAUAAAUCCUUUUGAUACUUUGCCUAAAGGCGCUUUCGACCUUGACGAUUUUAAAAGAUUCUAUUCCAAUGAAGACGAAGCAAAGUCUAUACCCUACUUCUGGAAAAAGUUCGAUCCCGAAAAUUACAGUAUCUGGCUUGGCGAAUACAAAUACAAUAACGAAUUGACAAAGGUUUUCAUGUCUUGCAAUUUGAUCAGUGGUAUGUAUCAACGAUUAGACAAAAUGCGCAAGGGUGCGUUCGCCAGCGCCUGUUUGUUUGGUACAGACAAUGACAGUAGUAUCAGUGGUAUUUGGGUUUGGCGCGGACAAGAGCUUGCUUUUACGCUGUGCCCAGACUGGCAAGUGGAUUAUGAGUCAUACAGUUGGACCAAGUUAGACCCAAGCAAAGAAGAAACGAAAGAGUUGGUUCAACAAUACUUCAGCUGGGCUGGUACUGAUAAAGAGGGACGUAAAUUUAACCAGGGAAAAAUUUUCAAGUAAACCUUUGCCCCCUAUG